AUGCGCCCCUCCCGGGCGGCGGGCGCCGCGCUCCUGGUGCUGCUGGCGGCGCAGUGGCCGGCGCUCCCGGCGCUGGAGGAGAAGAGAGUGUGUCAGGGCACCAACAACAAGCUCACCCAGCUGGGCACCUUCGACGACCACUUCCUGAGCCUGCAGCGCAUGUUCAACAACUGUGAGGUGGUCCUGGGCAACCUGGAGAUCACCUACAUGCAGCGGAGCUACAACCUGUCCUUCCUGAAGACCAUCCAGGAGGUGGCCGGCUACGUCCUCAUCGCCCUCAACGUGGUGGAGAGGAUCCCGCUGGAGAACCUGCAGAUCAUCCGGGGGAACAUGCUCUUCGAGAACACGCACGCCCUGUCCGUGCUGUCCAACUACGGCAGCAACAGGACCGGCCUGCGGGAGCUGCCCAUGCGGAGCCUGCAGGAGAUCCUGCAGGGAGGCGUGCGCUUCAACAACAACCCCACGCUCUGCAACCUGGAGACCAUCCAGUGGCGCGACAUUGUGGACAGCAGCAACAUGUCGCUGGACUUCCAGAGCCCGCACAACAGCUGCGGGACGUGCGACCCGAGCUGUCCCAACGGAAGCUGCUGGGCUGCGGGCAAGGAGAACUGCCAGCAACUGACCAAGACCAUCUGCGCCCAGCAGUGCUCCGGCCGCUGCCGCGGCAUGUCCCCGAGCGACUGCUGCCACACCCAGUGUGCCGCCGGCUGCACCGGGCCCCGGGAGAGCGACUGCCUGGUCUGCCGCCGGUUCCGGGACGGCGCCACCUGCAAGGACACCUGCCCGCCGCUCAUGCUGUACAACCCCACCACCUACCAGAUGGACGUCAACCCCGACGGCAAAUACAGCUUCGGCGCCACCUGCGUGAAGAAGUGCCCCCGGAACUACGUGGUGACGGACCACGGCUCCUGCGUGCGGGCCUGCAGCUCCGACAGCCAGGAGGUAGAGGAGGAUGGCGUCCGCAAGUGCAAGAAGUGCGAGGGGCCCUGCCGCAAAGUGUGUAACGGGAUCGGCAUCGGGGAGUUCAAAGACGCCCUGUCCAUCAACGCCACCAACAUCAGGCACUUCCAGAACUGCACCACCAUCAGCGGCGACCUGCACGUCCUGCCCGUGGCCUUCAAGGGGGACUCCUUCACCCGCACGCCGCCCCUGGACCCGCGGGAGCUGGACAUCCUGAAGACGGUGAAGGAGAUAACAGGCUCCCUGCUGAUCCAGGCCUGGCCGGGGAACAGGACCGACCUGCACGCCUUCGAGAACCUGCAGAUCAUCCGGGGCCGCACCAAGCAGCACGGCCGCUUCUCCCUCGCCGUCGUGGGGGUGGACAUCGAGUCGCUGGGGCUGCGCUCCCUCCGGGAGAUCAGCGACGGGGACGUGGUCAUCACCAACAACCCCAACCUGUGCUACGCGGACACCGUCGCCUGGCAGCGGCUCUUCGGGACCACGAGCCAGAAAGCCAAGAUCCAGAACAACAAGGCCGGCGGCGAGUGCAAGGCCGAGGGCCGCGUCUGCCACUCGCUGUGCUCGCCAGAGGGCUGCUGGGGCCCGGGGCCCAGGGACUGCGUGGCCUGCAGGAACGUCAGCCGCUACCGGGAGUGCGUGGAGCAGUGCCACCUGAUGGAGGGCGAGCCCCGGGAGUUUGUGGAGAAUGCCGAGUGCAUCCAGUGCCACCCGGAGUGCCUGCCCCAGCCCAGGAACCUGACCUGCACCGGACGCGGGCCGGACAGCUGCGUGCAGUGCGCCCACUUCGUCGACGGCCCGCACUGCGUCCAGACCUGCCCGGCUGGCGUCAUGGGCGAGAACAACACGCUGGUCUGGAAGUUCGCGGAUGCCAGCCACGUGUGCCUCCUGUGCCACCCCAACUGCACCCACGGCUGCACGGGGCCCGGCCUGGAACGCUGCAUAUCCGACUGGCCCAGGAUCCCGCCCAUCGCCACGGGCGUCGUGGGCGGCCUCUUCCUGCUGCUGACGCUGGGGAUCGGGGUGGGCCUGUUCCUGCGCCGGCGCCACAUCGUCCGCAAGCGCACGCUGCGCCGGCUGCUGCAGGAGCGGGAGCUCGUGGAGCCCCUGACCCCCAGCGGGGAGGCCCCCAACCAGGCCCUCCUGCGGAUCCUGAAGGAGACGGAGUUCAAGAAGAUCAAGGUGCUGGGCUCCGGCGCCUUCGGCACCGUGUACAAGGGACUCUGGAUCCCGGAGGGCGAGAAGGUUAAAAUCCCCGUGGCCAUCAAGGAGUUGCGGGAAGCCACGUCUCCGAAGGCCAACAAGGAGAUCCUCGACGAAGCCUACGUGAUGGCCAGCGUGGACAACCCGCACGUGUGCCGCCUGCUGGGCAUCUGCCUGACCUCCACGGUGCAGCUGGUGACACAGCUGAUGCCCUUCGGCUGCUUGCUGGACUACGUGCGGGAGCACAAGGACAGCAUCGGCUCCCAGCAUCUGCUCAACUGGUGUGUGCAGAUCGCCAAGGGCAUGAACUACCUGGAGGAGCGGCGCCUGGUGCACCGGGACCUGGCCGCCAGGAACGUGCUGGUGAAGACGCCGCAGCACGUCAAGAUCACGGACUUCGGGCUGGCCAAGCUGCUGGGCGCCGAGGAGAAGGAGUACCACGCCGAGGGCGGCAAGGUGCCCAUCAAGUGGAUGGCCCUGGAGUCCAUCCUGCACCGCAUCUACACCCACCAGAGCGACGUCUGGAGCUACGGGGUCACCGUGUGGGAGUUGAUGACCUUCGGGUCGAAGCCGUACGACGGGAUCCCGGCCAGCGAGAUCUCCACCGUCCUGGAGAAGGGGGAGCGCCUCCCGCAGCCCCCCAUCUGCACCAUCGACGUCUACAUGAUCAUGGUCAAGUGCUGGAUGAUCGAUGCGGACAGCCGCCCCAAGUUCCGCGAGUUGAUCGGCGAAUUCUCCAAGAUGGCCCGGGACCCCCAGCGCUACCUUGUCAUCCAGGGCGACGAGAGGAUGAACCUGCCCAGCCCCACGGACUCCAACUUCUACCGCGCGCUGGUGGACGGGGAGGACAUGGAGGACGUGGUGGACGCGGACGAGUACCUGAUCCCCCAGCAGGGCUUCUUCCACAGCCCCGCCACCUCCCGCACGCCGCUGCUCCGCUCCCUGAGUGCCACCAGCAACAACUCCGCCGUGACCUGCGUCGACAGGAACGGGAGCUGCCCCCUCAAGGAGGACAGCUUCCUGCAGCGGUACAGCUCCGACCCCACGGGCGCCCUGAUCGACGAGGACAGCCUCAGCGACGCCUUCCUGCCCGCGCCAGAGUACAUGAACCAGUCCGUCCCCAAGCGGCCGGCCGGCUCGGUGCAGAACCCCGUCUACCACAACCAGCCCCUGACGCCCGCCCCCGGCCGGGACCCGCACUACCAGAACCCGCCCAGCAGCGCCGUGGGCAACCCCGAGUAUCUCAACACCGCCCGCCCCCCCGGCGCCCCCGGCCCCGCCGGCUCCGCCCGCCGGCCCCCAAAUGGCAGCCACCAGAUCAGCCUGGACAACCCCGACUACCAGCAGGACUUCCUGCCCAGGGAGGCCCGGCCCAACGGGCUCUCCCCGGCCCCACACGCAGACGCCCCGCGGGGGGCCCUGCCCGGCGGCGAGUCCAUCGGCGCGUGA